GAAAAAGAAGACAUAGAAGGGAUAUCAGUGGGUGCCAUACUUUCUGAUUAUCAACGUGAUCGAGUAGAAAAUGUGUGUAAAAGGCUUAACCUCCAGCCUUUAGCUUACCUUUGGCAGAGGAACCAGGAAGAUUUGCUCCGAGAAAUGAUAGCAUCCAGUGUCCAAGCCAUGAUCAUCAAAGUAGCAGCUUUGGGUCCUGGCAGUCUCCUAGUUUGGUGUAUCCAGUGUACGUGGAGUAUUGUCCUGUUGGUCUGCCGUGAGUCAAGUUUAGAUCCAGAUAAGCACCUUGGAAAAACCCUGGAUGAAAUGGAGCCUUAUCUCUUAGAGCUUUCUAAGAAGUAUGGAGUCCAUGUAUGUGGAGAAGGUGGAGAAUAUGAGACACUCACUUUGGACUGCCCUCUAUUUAAGAAGAAAAUAGUUGUGGACUCCUCAGAAGUAGUCACCCACUCAGCUGAUGCAUUUGCACCUGUGGCUUAUCUGCGUUUUCGAGAACUGCACUUGGAGGACAAGGUGACUCCAGUGCCUGACAACUACAAAACAUCUAAUUAUAUACAUAAUUCCUGAGAAUCAUGUAGCAUUUUUAAAUUAUUAUGGCUACCUUCUUCCCAUUACUUUUUUUUUUUUAACUUCUUAGAAAAAUACAUCUUUUUCAAGAAGAAAUUAAUGGAACCAUUGAUUGCCUGGGAAUAUAUCAAUAGCUUAUUC